UGGCUCAGGGGGAGGAUAGACAUCAGAGAAGAUGCUUCACUUCCAGGCAGCCCUGCUGAUGGCCCUGAUCCUAGGCACAGCUCUUCCAGUCACUCAAGCAGGCCCCUAUGGAGUAAACAUGGAAAGCGCUAUAUGCUGCAAGAAAUUCGUUGGGUUUCCUCUGCCUUUGAAGGCCCUGAGUUAUUUCUACUUCACCUCUAAAAACUGCUCGAAACAUGGAGUGAUCCUGGUAACCAAAAAAAAUCUUGAGAUUUGUGCAGACCCUCGGAAGACCUGGGUAAAACAUGCCAUAGUGUCUAUCAAAAAGGGAAAAGAAUGAGAUUGCAGCUCUGCUAUGGAAGUACGGAAGACCUCUUUUUCCAGAUGUUGUUCCUAGAUGCUGCCUCCUUGAUCUCCAUCCUAUAUGGAAGAAUCAGUAUAGUUGCUGUGUAUAGGGUUGCUGUGUACAUGCCCAGAAAAAAAUAGGCUAAGGUCAACCAGUGUGACCUCUGUUUUAAAAUCUAGCAAUUAUAUCUGCCAUUUCCCAUUC